CGCGUUUGGAGCGCUGAUUGAACGAGGACGCGACGAUGGGAAGGGGAUUGUGCAUGUAAAUAUUGCCACCAAGUAUGCAUGUUUUCUGUUUGUGGUGGAAAAUACCCUGUCUAAUAUUUGUUGAAGUCUACCGUUGUGGUCUCUUGCUGCCCGCCCAAAAUGACUGACUGGUUGGGAGGUCGUGCUUCUGGUACUACUACUGUUGCCGCCGCUAAAAAGAUGCCACACAGGACGCGUCUCUAGUGGCUAGGCGAUCGUACAAAGUACAAAAGAAAAUGUUUCGUAGCGUGGGUAUGGAGAACGCAACCGAUUAGUGGCAGAGGGUAAUUACAGUGCUGUAUGGUGCUGUUCUGCAUGCACAGUUAGCCGCUCCCGUCUUCAGCGCACAGGUACUAGCCAUGUCUUUGCUUGACACAAGCUCCCAGCACCACAAAGAGCCCCCAUCCCCACAGCUGCACUGUCACUCAUUUUCCCACGCCUCCUCUUGGCCUACCACCCUGCCCAGCUCCUCUUCUCUCUUUCUUGCCUGCGCCUUUCCUCUCCAUCUUUUUUGUCGGGUGGCUUUUCUGUCGUCUUUUCUCACCAUUCGACUAAGCACCAGUCCGGCUCUAUUUGUGCUUUGCGUCUGCUCGUCCCUGUAUCCCGCAUGUCCAUCACAGCUUCUACCCCCUGAGGCCUCGUCUUGACCAGCCGCUCCUCUCGCCAGGACACAAAAUUCAGGGGCCUCCCGCACCACUCGCUCCCGUCGAUCCCGCGAACCGGCGCCACUCCCGACUCGAUCAAAUACUUCCCAUCAUAUCGUUUCCAUAGUAGAGUGAAGCUGUACACAGCUCACAUGCCCUCUGUUUGUGAUAUCCUGCAAGCUUCAUCGUUGUGGUGAAGAGUCGGCCGGCUAAGCUACACUACCCCAUCACCACUCUCAACACAGCAGUCCUCAUCUACAUACCUCGACCAGAAACAAGAAUCUAGACGAACGGAACCAUACCAAUGGCUGCUGUGGCCUCUGCCCAGACGGCACUGACCCCGCCGAGCAGUAGCCAUGGCGAGGCACCAGCUCACCAGUGGGACUUUUCGCAGCGUGAUCGAGACACCACGACAAAUCAGGUCGACUCUCAAUAUGACCAGUCGAGUAGAAACCCACUAGGGGUCCUUAGCCCCAGCUCCAACACCAACACGCCGCACCACCCAGGUGAGAUGUAUGCCAGAAAGAUGCGAUCGGCAGACAACCUCUACGGCUCCCGCAUGAGCAAGACAUCCGACCACAGCCCAUCAUUGACUCCAUUCAGUGAAGAAUCCAAGGUCAACAGAGCUAACCAUCCCAAUUGGAUCACCAAAGGGGACAUGGUCCUAGACGAGACCAGCUCCAAGUGGAUUCACCGCGAUAAGCUUGCUCGCAUCGAAAAUGCAGAACUACAUGCUGCUGGCUUUGUGAUCCCCAAAUCAAGGUCUACCAGCCGUCUCAAACGCGAACGUAGCGAUAAUCGCCUCGACGCAGAUGCUCGUCGUCCUAGACAUGGCUCUGCUACUUUCGACUCGCCGUCUCUUUCAUCUCCACCUUCGUGGGAUCUCCGCACUCCUGAAGAAAUCGCCGAGGUCGAGGCCAACGCUUAUUUCAUGUCCACCGGAGCUGGAGGAACCCGGAUCCCUCUCGCAAAAUCCAGCCCUGUACCGUUGUCUCUCGAUUUCUUGGAGCGUGGCUCCUCCGCCGUGCGCCGAUACGAGUCGAUGGAUAGUGAUAUGAUGGCGUACGCCAAAACCAGAUCAAGAAGUGCUAGCGCUAGCUUCCGCGAUUCGCCCAAGAAAUUUGGCAAUAGCGCACCGCGUAAAGGAUCGGUGACCUCCAAAGGAAGCGCCACCUCCAACAGACCCAGCACACGAUCCGGGCCUACCGCCAAAGAAUCUCCAUCCCGCCCAGGCACCCGAUCCGGCCGCAAGACGUCCCGAGCCAAGCACCCUGAAGGUGAGCCACCAUGGCUGUCCAACUCUUACAAGCCAGAUCCUCGCCUACCUCCGGAUCAGCAGUAUCCAGCCGAGGUCGCCAAGCGCAUGGCCCAAGAAGAAAUGGAGCGAGAUGGAGCAUUCGGCGAUGCUUAUGACACCAACUUUCGCCCUCUUAACCGAAACUCGCUGCUAAAGACAAGCGAGAGCAACGGCAGUGGGGGAUGGGAAUGGCCGCUCAAGCCUUCCGUUACAACAGCACCGCUCCAACGUCAAGGCUCGACCUACUCAACCAUGCCCAAGAUCACAGAUAAGGUCCCCAACAGCCCAAUGGCAAGUCCACGACCAAAUGCAUCUGGCCAGAUGUCACCUGUACCACAAACUGUGCAUCAAACGGAGAUGCAGACAUUUGAGAUGGCGCAACAAACUGCCGACCUCGAGGACAAAAAGGGCGGCUGCGGGUGCUGCGUUGUUAUGUAAAGGCUACCUUUAUAAGCAAACAGUAUUUCCCGACAAGUCCCCUGUCCCCCAAAAGCAUAUUACGACGUUACGACUCCGACAAUAUUCACACUGUCUUUUUUUUUCAAUCGAGAUUUGUUUCCAGCCUCUGUUUUAUCAUACAUUAUACCAGUAGCCAGCCACCUUUAGCAAGAAAGGCCGCCUCUUUUCAUAUGUGGUUUUCUCCAUUUGCAGCAUUGGGCAGAUCUAGAUGCCCGUCAUUGCCGCCGCAUUCGCCGACACCCCCUUCUUUAAUAGCAUCAAGCUCUUGAGUCUUUCACCAGCGGCGUAGCCCGCCUCCUUCACUUCAACACCAGUCCUCGGGUUACCUUCAUUUUUUUUCGUUGUAGGACGGUAUUUUACACACUUUAUCUGUUUUUUGUGGUGUUAGUAUUGGGUAGAAUAGCACAAUCAACGAAUUGUAUCUAAGCCGAAAGCGCCCUUGUGACUGUGCAGUAUGCAAGAACGAGAUGGUGAGUACAUUGUCGGUUGACCGGUAUUCACGGCAGUCGUCAUUGGAGUCGGUAUACGAGCCAAGCGAAGUGACUCACUGGCGUGCUAAGUUAUUAUCUUUUAUUUCCUUUCCGAGGCUGACCAUCUGGGGGCACUUUUGCAGCUUGGGGGGCGUCUGCGUGACUUGAGCGUGCACCAUGCGUGCCCUCUCCGUGAAUUUCUUUCAAGAUGAACGGUGUUUGCCACUAACUAGCAAAAUAAUACAGGCGUUUAGAAAUAGUCUUACCACUAUGCUUUGAUUUUCCAAGGGUCUCGCGUGCUAAUGCUAAUUACUUAAGAACUUCGUGCCGUUUCCAAGCGGUGGCUUGCAUGUUGUUGGCGU